AUGAACCCUGCUGGUGUGGGAGUGGCAAAAGAUAUAAAAAUUGCCAUCUCAAGCAGGAUAAAAAAUCAGGCACAUCUCAACCACGAAUGGCUUCAGGGAAUUAUUAUCAAAACUGAGGAACAGAUCGAAGGCAUUCGUAGAAGCAGUCAAUUGGCGCGAAAAACUUUGGACAUGCUGGACGGGCGAAUUGAAGCUGGCAUCGCAACCAAGGAUAUUGACCGAUGGGUCUACGAAUAUACCUGCGACCACGGUGGAUAUCCUGCAACCCUCAAUGUAAAGGGAUUCAACAAAAGUUGCUGCACUUCGAUCAAUAAUGUCAUCUGCCAUGGGAUUCCCGAUGAUACGGUCUUGGAGGACGGAGAUAUCAUCAAUGUCGAUGUCACUCCAAUUCUGGAUGGAUAUUUUGGCGAUACUAGCCGUAUGUUCGUGAUCGGCGAGACGUCACAGGAAGCCCUGAAGUUAAUCGAGGAAACGAAAGCGUGCCUGUAUCUUGGUAUUGAUGUAGUGAAACCCGGCAACACGAUCGGAGACAUCGGCUACACAAUCCAACAGCAUGCCGAAAGUCUCGGAUAUUCUGUCGUGCGUGAAUUGUGUGGGUCACGGCACCGGUUUGGAGUUCUGGGAAGCCCCGCAGGUUCCCCAUUACGGCAGAAGAAACGACGGUCCCCCAAUGGUGCCGAAUAUGGUGUUUACUAUUGA